UCGUCAACGACCAUCCUGACGCCCCUUCGAUUGAGGCUGUGCUCCCUGAUUGUCCCGCCACACUGCCAGCACAUCAAAACACUCGUCGCCCUCACCGAGACGUUCAGAGCAGGAGAGCAGAUGCUGCAAUGCCAAAUUUCCGUGUUCGAGUUUUCCUCAGUCGUCAACAACGUCCAUGUUGAAGUGCCGACCAUGUAGUGAGGCAUUUCUGCCUCUCCUGCCGCCCUUCACCCUCGUCUGAGCCGCCAUCACCAAGAGACCCCUCCUACGCACUCCCAUUCGUCAGUUCAAGUGUGCUACCGCUCACCCUGGACGCAUAGCUUUUCAGUCACGUUAUCUCUCUAUCCCGGAAAGGGUAUCCUGAGAUAGGGCACUCUUCCAAUGAGCUGCCACAGAUGGCAUCUCAACGACCGCUGCGAGGAGCGGGGGGUGUUACAACUGAUAUACCACGGAAGCCCAGCCGGUUCUGCUUACCCGUGCUCCGUCCCGUAUGACACGGCCCAUCCCAUGGAUGGUGCUAUCUUGCCAACAGCCAUCUACUGGAUUCUGCCCCGAUAUCACGAACUGCCUCCGUUUGAAGUUUGAACGGAACACCAGACCAAUUUGGAGCAUGCUGCGCCGUGCCGCCUUGUAUCCGGAGUGGCUUCUCGCCGUUGAUGGUUUCCAAUACACCCAUCCGGAGCGAACAGUGCAAGCGUUCCACCUCUUAAGGCGUCCCGUAGGUGGCACAGGGGUGACAGGGAACCCCAAGCAAUAUCUCCCGUCGCCUCCUGGCAUUCGAAUCUGUGAACUGGAGCAGGCGCUGCUCACUGAUUUGACGGAGUAUGCGGGCACCACGGCACGGUACGGGGUGAUCCACCACUAUUGCGCGUAUCCCCCAUCCAUGAACCAUCGCGAGUUCUGGGCCGUGGUGGUAGAUGCCCUUGGGGCUAAACGACUUUGGGAUGGUAUUGUGGAAGUGCUGAUCUACAAGAGAAGAAGUUCUAGCUACUAGUCGACAGUCCGAUUCC